AUGGCGCCCCGACUGUCUGAUGCUGACCAUGAGAUGAUGAAGGCCAUGAUCCAAAAUGGUGAGCCAACUAAACAAAUAGCCCAGUCUAUCCCCUGCGACCCCCGAACCGUCCGCAAAGCUAAAGCCAGGUAUCGGCUUUUCGAAUCGACAAAGGCGCCCCCGAACCGCGUCGGACGUUACAAGAAGGUGACGCCUUACAAGCAAGAUGUCUUGCUCGAGAAUCUCGCCCAGUAUCUUACCACCGAUCGGACCCAGAUGGUGACGUUCCUCCACGAUGAGUUCGAGGACGAUGUGUCUCUUUCCACCAUCAGUCGUUCGUUGAAGGAUGCCCGAUGGACGCGAAAGAACUGCCAUCCUGUCGCGCAGCAACGGAACCCAGAGCUCCGGGAUCUAUACCUCUAUAAGUUGUCGAAAUACAAAUUGUACCAGAUGAUCUUCAUCGAUGAAUCGGGUGCCGAUAGACGCGUCGGCUACCGCAAAAAAGGAUGGGCUCCAAGUGGAGUGACACCCAUCCAGGUUGGCAGGUUCAACCGCGAACAGAGGUAUCAGAUCCUCGCUGCCUACACGCAGGAUGGUAUCGAGCUGGCUCGUGUCUAUCCUGGGUCUACUGAUGCCACUCUGUUCAAGGGGACUUUAUCGAGCAGUUGCUACAUGGCUGCGGACGAUGGCCGCAGCCGAAAGCCGAUGUGUGCUGGAGCCGGGGUGGAGCUCCUCUACUUGCCUCCGUACUCACCUGACUUCAACCCGAUUGAGGAAUAUUUCGCGGAGCUGAAGAACUUCAUCAAGAAGCCCGGACCGGAACUAUCUGAACUGUUCAAGAAGGACUUUCAAGCGUUCUUGCAGGCAUGUGUAGACGCGGUGGGGAAACGUAAAGCGAGCGCCAAAGGCCACUUCCGUCACGCUGGGCUCGCUAUUGACGAGUACAUGGAACAAGUGCCAUAG